AUGCAUGCUCAUCCACACUCAUAUCAUGAACAGCAGUCAUCACCACAGCAACAUCAACAUCACCAACAGCAGCAUCAUCAAUAUCAAAACCAGCAACAACAGUACCAGCGCGAGUACAUGGAUCAAGAAGCACCCUCUUCAUAUCAAAGACCGAUGAACCCUCCACAAGACGGACAAAGCAUUCAGUACCGGCCAUCCAGUUCUCAUCAACAAAGCAUGCGUUCUCAGCAGCAGCAGCCACAUCAUGGGCAUGAUCAAGAGCGACAGCAGAACCAUUCGCAACCACCAUACCAAUCAUCCCAGUCUCGGUCCCAUACAUCUCAGCAUCAUCAUCUACAUUCACCUUCAUCCAAGACUGAUGAUCAAUCACAGCAUCUUCCAGGCCGCUACCCUGCUAAUAUACCUGUUAUUCAAUCCUCUGAUCCAUCCUUCACACGACGCCCUCACUCGCGUUCCUUUUCUUCCAACUCACCCUCCCAUCCAUAUCCACAAUACACGACGCCUGGCUCAUCUUCACACUAUCAGCAGUCGUAUCAACCACGCUUACACCAUAGUGCUUCUGCAGGUCAUCUUCCAGCAGCGGGACAUCGCUCCGCUCCCGUUACUGUAAGUGCAGCCCCAGGAAUGAAGCAAACAGGAAAUGCAGCAGGAACGGCUCCUCCAAAGAGGAAAGAUCCAUACGCAACUGCCUGGCGAACAUAUUCUAAAAUUGCAGAGGAGCUUAACUUGCUGAAUCCAGAUGGAACGCUGUACCCAAUCUCAAAGGAAGCCAUUCUAAAGUAUUUACAUCACCAGUCCAAGAGGAUCAAAUCCAGCAAUCUUCAUUGGUACGUUAAUGGACUCAAGAAGCAUCAAGAAAACCUGGGCUUUGCAUGGGACGAUGUCCGGUAUGACGAACAAGUCGUGGCGUUGUUGAAAGAACUCACACUGCAUCCAGUUCCUAUUGAGAGCAAUGGUGGUGCUGGUGGCAAUUUUGGAUACCAUCCAAGCCAUCAUAUCCGUCCCUCUACAUCCGCGCCUAUCGAUACAUCCAAGAUUGCAAGCUUAUCAAUCACCAGCAGCUCGAAUCCAUCGCCACACUACUCUCAGCAGCAGCAGCACCACCACCACCACCACUACCAACAACAACAGAGCUACUCUGCCUCGUUCACUGUCGGAUCGAAGAAACAUCAAAACCAAUAUGAAGACCCUCCACCCCCAUCACACAGCCAGAGGCAACAGCACCAUUUAUAUUCUGAGCGGCCUCAACCUCAAGCUCCUCACGAGUCCAGUAGGGCCUCGUCUUUUCACUCAGCCCCUGUACAGCUACCAUCGCACCACAUGCAGGAGGAUCGUUCAAUUGUUGAUACACCUCAAACACGAUACAAAGGCCAUUCCCAUACCCUAAGCGAGGUUUCUCCAGUCACCUCUACAAGUACAACAAGCUCGCCAAUGUCAAGCUCAGAGAUUCAGCUUGCACAGCAAUCACCACCAUCAAUGUCGAAUGGGUCCAAUGUCAAACGGAAGAGAUAUGAGCUUAAUUCUGAACGAGCAGCUCGACUCGUAUCCCCAACGAGCCUCGAAGGCGAUGGACUUGAAGACCAUGAACGUGGCACAAGAGACGCUGAUGAGCUGGAUGUCGAUACCCUUGAAGAUAUGGAUGAGGAUCACCGAGAGCGCGUAGCGUUGAAGCGACAUGCUUCCACAGGUACCUUGCGUAUUCAAGUCAAAGGAUCAGCGUUGGAUCCUAUGCCUUCUGAUGCCCAUUUGUAUCAACGACAAAGCGAAUCGAGCCAUCGAGAGUAUCCUGUCACAACACCAUCUCCCGGCCCUCGUGAGAAUGAGGCUGGUGGCCAUUUCCGCUGGGGUAGCUCAGACGCAUAUCUUCAGAGCCGACUUUCGCCUCCAGGAUCCAUUUCAUCAAUAGGUUCAACCUCUCCUGCUAGCCGAGGAGCGACAGGAAACUCCUCUGUAACUAGCCAGCGUCACCGGAGGGCAAACGGAGUGGUGUCGUCGCCUAUAACUAGCCCAGCUGUCUCAGGCACUAUUCCUCCGGUGCCACAACAUAUUUCAAAUAGCGGCAAUGGCAAUAACAAGACUACUGUCCAGUUCUCGGAAGUAGUCGAGUAUGCACAGCAGUUGCAGACCAAGUAUGGAAGUAGGUGCCGUAAACACCCGUGGGGUUGUGUAGUAUUGGCGGAGGACUAUCAUCUGGAGCUGACGAUCAAAAUGUAUAUGGACUGGGCUGGCCUAGUCGCAAGUGGUCGUCUUUCAAUGGAUGAGGUUCCUGACCUACCAGAAUUCAGACGACCGAACGACAUUGGAGGCAUCGGGGGCGAUGAGGCAUCAUCUUCGCCCAUUUCGCCUACACCUGGGCAGUCCACUGUAGCCAGUGGUACCCUGAAGCGAAUGACAUCCACUCCACUUACGGCGUCGUUUGGGUCAUUUUCUCUGCUACAUCAGCAGCCUACGUCCCCACCUCUUAAGAGCGAAGAGCAGUUCACUUUUGGGCGGAUGAGCUCUUCACCCCAGCAGCAGAGACAUCAUUCACCUUCUUCAUCUCCCCCUCCCAUCUUCGGCCAGAGUCCCAAGAGAGAGGGACAUAUCAGCGAUAGUCUAAUGAGUCGUAUCGGUAGCCCCCCACCCCAGCACUCGAUGCUAUCGCCCCUUGCCUCCAAGCAGCCGCUCACUAUUAGUAUCAAUAGUAGUGCUGGUAAUGGAUCGUCAGAUUCUCGCCAAGGGGCAGGCGCGAAUCCUCCUUCGCCCCUCCCUAGCUCUGAUAGUCGAGCCCAAUCACGUAAAAUAGUUAGUAGCCCUAGUCUAGGUCAAUACUCCUUGCAUUGUCAGUCUGAGCAAGAAACCACCUAUGCAUCCGACCUUCAAGCACCCCCUUUGCCUGAUCCCGGAAAGAGUCGCCUCGGAGGAGCAGGCUCAGCUCUGCUGUUUAACUCUGUCGAGCCAUUCUCUCCAUCGGAAGAAGACAUGGAGAUGUCUGGGGAUGAAGAUCGAGGUGUGCGGGAGCGUACCUCUAGAGCACCUGCCCAAAGCCAUGAUGCUGGACAUCAGGAGCAUAAAGGCAAUAGUUGUGAUCGCGAGGCAGAUACCGCGGCUAUGGAAGAAGAGGAAAAUGAGCAUGUGCAUGAUCUAAGACAGCAAGUCUCGUUCCAGCACAAGCAGCAGCGCGCACAUGGAACCUUCACACUUGCUGAACAAGACGAACUGGAAGAUGACGGACAGAGAGCAUCCUUGGCAUCUGAAGGAUCAAGGAUAUUAAAGGAAAGAGGGCCUCUAACAGGUGAAACACGUCAUAUGGAGCCAGAUGCGCGUCAUUUUAGGCCUAGGAAUCCAUCGUACGAGGUGAAUGAUGCUAUAUAUGAGUACCCAGUCCCCAGACCCCGUGCAUUUCGUAGGGAGAGUCGAGGCGAGAGGCCUAGAGGUGGUGUCUAUACGAAUAGUGACGAUGUCGAUGGUAUGGGCCGAGCUGAAGAUCAUGAUAGGGUAGAAGAAGUUCGAAUGGGAAUCAAGAGCUUGCAGUCGUCCCUGUCACAGAAGGGCAUAAUAGUGAACGAACCCCUUACAAACUCUAAUGAUGAUCCGAUAACGACAGCGGAGGUGUCUAUGCUGCCGAGCCUUCAGCAGCAUGAACAAGAGCAGCAUCAGCAGCAAAAGCCUAGGCAGCAAUCACACCUAGAUCAACAGGUAAACGGCGAUGAAGAUUCAUCCAUGGUGGAGCCCUAG